CCUGUCGAUUCAUCUGAGAUGCUCCGUUUUCUUUUGUGUUGAGCUUAUGCGAUCUAUCGGGGCUUACGGAUCACCAAUCUCGAGACUUUGUUUUGGCUUGUGAUUACCUGUAGGGUCAUGUUGGUGAGGCAUCACGCUGUGUCUGAUUGAUUAACUGACUGUCCAGAAUUAUUCUCUUAUCCUCCCCUGUCGCGCCCGUGAUCAUCACCACCCCCAAUUCGUCCUGUUUUGGGGCUGGCUGAUGUCUCGGAUAUGCCUGUAUGUACUGUACCUCUUACAGAACUGUAAUAUUCUCACGGCACGGGAAGAAACAGCUCAAAACUGCUUACGACGACAACGGGGCACAGCUUCAGAGACAAAAGGUACAGAGUACAGCGCAACAUAUUCAUGCAUUGUUUGCUUUUUGGCAGUAAUCUACCGCCUUGUUCAACCUGGGCACGAAAAAGAACAAAUGCAGAUAAAGCUUAUUGCAUGUUUUUGUUGUCAAUCGUUGCUCCGGGCUCCCGUAACGGGGUCUUCCUUGCACAAUGGGAGCUUCCUGCAAGUUAGAUUGCAGAGUCUCGUGUUGAUGAAGCUUCUAGCUUCAGGGCCCAAAAGUCUGUGCAAAAAGACCCUGUACCUGUGCUGUAUCACUCUAGCUUUUCAUCUUCUACAGCUUGGACCAAGAUGAGUUGUCCAGUGUUGCUCUGGCAAGAUGAGUCAAAUGUACGGUAGUACGACAAUUCAACAUGGUCCGCCUCAUGA